AGUCAGAGAGAGAAACUGAAACACAAGGAAAGUGAGAGACAGAGAGAGACCCUCCCUAUCAUAACAAGAGGAAAGAGAGGGAAGAAAGACAUAUAAUAAUAUAACCUAAUGAUCUUCUCUGUCUGUACCCCUCUAUCCGGUGCUAACAAAUAAAAGUGUAUGUAUUUAAUGGUCCAAUCGUUUUGAUUAGAGACAAAAAAGACUAAAUUCAAGGACAGAACGCGAAAAAAUAAAAACCAACUCAAAUGAUAGCAUAAUCUGAACCAUUAAUUGUUGUAAGCGAUGGGCGAUCCGCAGUUCCAGGAGUUCAUUAAAGUCUUUGAUCUCAUGCCUCAACACAUCAGAGCUCCUCAACAGUGUUACAGACUGGUUCCGGACAUUGACAUCGAUUUGAUUGACUCACCAAAAGAAGCCAAAGAGACAAUCAAAGAGACGGAUAUGAAUUGCAAGAAUGAAAACAAUAAUGCUUUUAAUGCAAAUUCUGAUCAUAAAUGUAUGUCUGAAAGGAAACGGCGAAUAUUGCCUCAAAUUCCGAGCGAUAAAAAGCCAUUUGAAGGUCUUUGGCAGAUAGUGUCCAACACUAAUGGCAUUCCUCUUUCCGAAGAGCUAUCGAACCCUCAAAUGAAAUCCUAUUCACAGUCAGAGAAAUGUCUUAUACGUCAGGUCUCGACGAAUAUGUUUCUGGAAAUCAAGACUGACUCAAACGAUGGAAAACCCGUUUCGCUGAAACUCUUCAACACUCUUAGCACAAGUCUGUCUCCCGAUGACGACGACUCGUCCUAUAAGUAUGGAAGCGAUUCGGGAAAUUCAUCGGCGAUGAGUCCCACCGACGACUCAAUCACUUGUGCCAAUGGAAUCACUGCAAGAAAGGGAACCGAAAAACUCAAACCAUUCCAAGUAUUAGAGGCCACACAUCGGGGUCUUUAUAAAUUCAUUCCCCGGCAUAACGACGAACUCGAUAUAGAAAUCGGAGAUCCCAUUCAUUUGCUCAAAGAAAACGACGACUUGUGGUGCGAAGGCUUUAAUCUGAGAACUGGUCUCAAAGGCAUCUUUCCAUCCGCUUUGGUCACAGACGUCGAGUACUCAGAGUUUGUCGGAGAAACCAAUUGCGACGACUCUUUGGCGAACGUUAGUCUCAAAGUGAAGAAAGAGAGAUAUUUGUUAGACUUCUUGGGAUCGGUUGAAGUGACCGAUCAUAAGGGAAAUCCAGUGUUAUGUGAAUCAGUUCGACGAGUAUUGGACGCGAAGCCAUCGGAUUUUGGGAUGAAUACACCGUUUCCUUCUAUACUAGAGAUCAGCGAUUUGGGACUCCGGAUGAUGGAUAGCAAACCGGUCGCCAACGCGAGUAAUGGCACUCUCUUAGGACACGACUACUUCUUUGCUCUAAAACACGUGACAUUUUGCGGAUUCUAUCCGAAAGAUAAGCGAUAUUUCGGUUUUAUAACAAAACACCCGACAGAGGAGAGACUGGCCUGUCAUGUGUUCAAAGGCAACGACUCUACCCGUGAAGUGGCCGAAGCGGUCGGCCGUGCGUUCCAUAGGUUUUACAAUCGAUUUAUUGAACUCUCAUAUCCUAUCGAAGAAUUUUAUUUCGAUUGAAUCUAUUGUUAAGAUUUUAUUUUUUGUGAAACGAUUUAAUUUUAUUUCAUUUGAAGUCAAAACUCAUAUAACGUGUAUAUAAUAUGCAAACAUUUUGGCCAUUAUUUAAAAAAAAAAGACUAUUGAAAGUUAAUCUAACUUUGAUCUCAUUUACUUAAGACUUGAAAGAAUAUUACUAUUAAAUGCCAUUUAAGUAAGAAUUAUAUUUAUUAUUACAGUUAUAAAUUGACUGAUU